GAUCUUAAUGAAACCUCUUCUCAAUUUGUUCUCAAGGAUUUUAAUGAAACCUCUUCUCAAUUUGAGAACAUACAACUUCAACCUUCUCCACCUUCAUCUGCCGAAUUAAUUAAAACAAAUACUAAUGAUAUUAAUGAUUUUAAUAAUGAAACUUCACAUUUUCCUGAAGAUUUGUCAUAUAUUUUUCCUCCUCCGGAACAAAUGAUUUCAAACCCAAUUUUCCUUUACAACGAUUUAAAUAACAUUUUAUAA